CGCUGAGUCCGUACAUUCUUCUGCUUUGGUCUCUCUCUACGACAAACCGCAAAAUCUUCCAUAUUUUUCCGAGCAUCGUAGCCAGCGGCAUAUCAUCACAUCAGGAGAGAAUGAAGCUGAGAUUGAGAUGUCUUGAAUCGAAACAAACACUAAGAAUCCAACUGCACACUCCAUACACUCUCCAUCAGCUUCAACAAACCCUUUCCCUCUCGCUUGCCCCUCCCCCUCCUUCGCCGUCUUCACUCCGUUUCUCCCUCAACUCUAGGGACGAAUUUUUCCCGUCGUCGUCCGACGCGUUGCUUGAGUCCCUUGGUGUUACCGCUGGUGACCUCGUCUACUUUUCCCUCAACCCCAAUGCUUUUUCACCUAAUCCCGAAGCCUUAGUUCAAGGGUCGCGUCAGAUGCACGAACCCUGCACCAGUCGAGAACGCUCAAUUCCAGGGACUCAAAUUCAAGAACCCAUGUCAAAUCAACCUGAAAAUUUGGGGGAAACUACGAAUUUGGGGAUUAAUUGCCCUAAUCAGGAAACUGCAGUUCCAGUAUUGCCUCAGAUACAGAAUAUUGGAUCGAAUCAAAGGCAAGUUUCUCAAGGAACUCAUAUGCAGUGCAUGAAUUGCUCAAAUCGACAAACCCCACUACAGGAUUUGUCCGUACAAGAACAAAGUAAAGAAUUUUCAAACACACAGGGGCCAGGAGGGUUCCAAGAAACCAUGGAAACUGGACAUGGUACGCUUGAGGAAGCAGAAACCAUGGAGAUUGAUAGUGGUUCUGGUGUUAAGAAAUUCUCUGAGCCGCAUUUCUUGAGGAGGGUGUUGAGAGAGGAGUUAGGCAAUGAUGGCAGUGAUCACAAGCUCUUAGUGAUAGCGGUUCACGCAGUUUUAUUGGAGUCUGGUUUUAUCGGUAUUGAUUCAGUCUCCAGGAGGCCAAUUGAUGGGUUUCAUCUACCAGAAGAUUGGCCCUCCUCAUCUUUUACGGUUUCCCUCAGGUAUAGCCGGCCUGAACUUUUGAGUAAUAGCAAUUCUGUUUCUAAUAUGACUGAUUAUGUUGUUAUGAAGUUUCAAAUUCUAGGCCAUUUCAUCAAUGUUCAUGCUUCUUUGGCCAAAGGGGGUUCCUCGUAUAGGGUGUGCUUAGAUGAGGGUAGGUUUGCACCAACUUUAGACUCUGUAUGGGCAAAUUGUGAGAAGAAUGAUAAGAUGGAUGAGGAUGGUUCUUUGAAAUCCUAUCCGGAAAAUGAAGUUUUCAAUUUUUGGAGAAUUGUGAAGGAUGGGCUUGCAUUGCCAUUAUUGAUCGAUCUUUGUGAAAGGACUGGCCUUGAUCCUCCAGCAUGCUUGAGGCGUCUCCCAACUGAAUUGAAGCUCAAGGUUUUUGAGUCACUCUCAGGUGUGGAUAUUGCUAGAAUGGGGUGUGUUUGCACUGAGAUGCGAUAUUUGGCUUCCAAUAAUGACUUGUGGAAGCAGAAAUUUACAGAGGAGUUUGGAGGUUGGGCAGCGGCACAGGGAAUGGUUAAUUGGAGAGGUAAGUUUGUUUUCAACUGGGAGAGGAGAAAGAAACUAAAGCUAGUCAAGAGGUCAUCCAUUUACAAGUGGGAGGAGAGAAAGAAACUAAAGCUAGCCUAGGGGUCAUCCGUCAGUGUAUUUGGGGUUAUAAUUGGGUAUUGCCCAUAACAGGUAUGGUAGUUAUGAUCUCUCGGUGCCUGCUGUGCAUUCUCCUCUUGGACGAUCUGGUCUAGCAUUUACUCAGUCCCGGCGACGGCAGACUUUUCGUCCUUAUUGUAACCUAGGACGUACGCAUGGUGGCUAGCAUCUCAGCUAAAUAUGAUUGGAUGUUUCUUAAAUACUGUUAUCUUUACUUAAGUAUCAGUAAGUGUGUUGCAAGAAGUUCUACUGGAUUAGAAGCGAGCUGAAAUAUGAUUUAUGGCUUUAACAUUUCUGUUGGUUUAGAUGCUUGUCAGUUUAUCCCAACUCAUGUUGGUAGCUGUAUAUGACUUUGUUUCAAUAAAAUUGUUUCCUAAAU